AAGACUUCGCCACGUUCAACAUCGUUCACGAUCUUCUUCUAUUCUCCUCGAAUCUCGCACAUCAUGUACAUACCCCUCGGUGCAGCGGCUCGGAUCUACUACAAUCCGAAAUCCGAAUACGCCGAAAAUAUCGUUUCGCUGGUCGCUAAUGGCCUAUCCAUCAGUCCGAUGUUGAGGGGACUGGCAUACGAAGGAAGCCUAGGUCCAUGGCUUAAGCAGUACUGGGGCGCCUUCAGGGCUUGGCUGUCCCAGCCACAGAUCAUCGCUUUGGUAAUGACAUGGGCGAUUGUAUUCACUGUCGUGAGCAUUGCCAUACUCGGCCUCGGUUUUGGCCCAGCCGGAGUGGGCGCCGGAACUCUCGCUGCCGUUUUCCAGUCUUCUAUGUACGGAGCUUUCACCCCUGCGGGAGGCCUAUUCGCGACGCUGACAAGCAUGGCCAUGUUGGGAACAUUGAUGCCAUGGGCUGCUGUCGUUUCUGGGGUUCUCGCAACAUUGGCUGCAGGUAUAGUGUGGGGAUAUGGUGUAGGUGGUUAGUGCGCACACGAAGUGGAUUCCCUGUCUAGCAGAACCAAAUGAGGCUGCGAU